AUGUCUACAAUCUUGUACUUCAUAUCAAAGUAUUUUGCAGGAGAUUUCUCUCCCAACAACAGCCCGGCUAUAGAGGAAGCACCGCUCCCAGCACCAGCGAGCACCCCGGUGUCGCCAGUCCACCGCGACUAUCAGACCUACCUGCUCCGCAAGCGGCGUGAUCGUUCGGAUGAUCGGGAGAGAAACGGCAACCUCUCAGCGGCGGCAAGGCCACGCGACAUCGAGCAGCUGACCUCUCCUACCAGCGACAAGGGCUUUUCAACUCACAGCGGCAAAGUCAACGAUGUAGGAUCGCCAGGCAUCGCUUGGGGGAAAAAGAAAAACAUUUCAGACCUUGACGCCAAAAGCUUAAACAACGGAGACGAUGCUGUCCCUACACAACAAACCGAAAUCGACAAACCAUCUGAUGCACCCCUCAGUAUUUCUACAAAUGUUGGUGACGAGAGACAACCCUUACCUCAAAGUAAAGACUCUCAUGAAUUGCAGGGCUCUGGAGUAGAAAUCAUUGAUUCCAAUGACAACCCUGUGGAUUCUGAUCCCUCACCAAAAAGCGAAGAAUUAUACCAACAAGCUGAGUACCCUACUUUUACCGACGACAAAGCGUACCUCUUUCUCGACGCCAAGCGACAUCCUGGAAGCACUGAAGAAGAGUUCUACGACAUAAAUCGUGAGAAGAUCAAUCCUACGUCCCUGCACACGUCAAAAAACGGGGUAAUGGAAGCAGACGACGACGAUAUUUUGAGAGGUAAGACGCAGUCGACUGCAGAAGAUGUAGAGUCAAAUGGCGUCUUCACCAGAACCGGCACCUUCGAUAUCAUCGACGAAGGUGACCAGAUCCAGGACUCACAUACCAAGACCGCACGAGCCAACCAGAUUGGUUUAGGCGCACUGUUUUCUCAGAAUAAUCACCUUUAUCAUCAAGAUAAAGACAUUGCACAGAAAGCAAGGCCUAGUGCCGAUGAAGGCGAACCACAAUUAAAGAAUCAAGAGAGCAAAGAAGAAGUGCCAUACUCCAGAGGAAGUUUUGAUACUCAAGAAAUCAAGCAUCUCCGUGCCUCAAAGGAAUCUACGAACUCUACCAUUCACAGCCACACUUCAAGUGCCCAAACCAACCGUCGGCGUAGACGAGACAUCGGCGAUCAAGUUUACGAAGAAAGUUCAGGCGAAGACCUCGAAACUACCGAAAUGCCGGUGCAAGAUACAAUCACAGACGCUGUUAGGGGUGGUAGAAGCACAAUUGGACCGGACGUGGAAGAGGUAACACUAACACAUCCGUUACGUGUCACAGGAGAAACCAAUGCUACUGCAACACUCAACGGCAAAGAAGCAACUGUGACAAUCACCGAAAACACGUCUACAUCAGGUAGCAAUCACCAAUGGUUACGGGUUUCUCAGAACUGGGCAGUCCAAGACAACCUGCAAGACUCAAGGCGGCCCGCCUGGAGGGCUCUAGACCUAGACCCGUACACCACUUGGCGCAUUGAGCGGACUCUACCUUUGAUCAUUGACUUUGGAGCCUCAUACGAACUUAGUCGGAUCCGUGUAACAUACGAGGAAAAUCAGCAUGCCAUCACAGGGUACAGACUUUACAUGUCAGCCGGACCACAUGCGCAAAGACAGCAAGUGAACUGGACUCAGGUCCUGACCACCCAAAGGCAAAACGUCAGCACAAGAGUAGAAACUAUCGCUGGAUUUGGGGGCACUGGCCGCUCUUGGAAGCUGGAUUUUGUGCAUGUUCUCAAUGAACCAGAGUUGUGGUGUAACGCAACGUAUAUGGGCUUAACCUCUCGCGACAGAAGGAAAGACACAGUUUAUGUGACAAGUGUGCAAUUUUUCGGUACAAAAGUUGCGGGCGACGAAACAGCUACAUCUUCUGGCCACUGGAUAGCACACGCCGACAUCAGUCCUGAAGCCCAAGAGUACACCGGCUCCGCUCACUAUAGGAGGGGGAUGCGGAAUGGAGUUACAGAUAUACUGAGGGGAGGAAACACCAUGUGGAAACCACUGGGAACACCUCGGUACCACAAUAACUGGUUUGUCGUCCUGGACUAUCAUGUCAGUUACACCAUGAAGAAGCUGCGGAUUGUCAACUACGGCUGUGACUGGAUCCAUGACGUCAAGGCGUUCACUCUACAAGUCUCCAUCGCGGGAAACCCUUACAGAUGGACCCCCGUGCUGACCGUGACUGACGUGGCAGCGAACACCUCCCUCCCGCAGUACUUCGGCGGCUUCUCGGCGUCGGGCCGCUACUGGAUGGUCACCGUAACGGCCACCUACUCGGGCUGGGAGCCGUGGAUGAGAACGUUUCAGCUCUUUGGCAUAAAAGACUCACCAUAUCUCUGUACCCCGAUGUUGUUAACGAUCACUGCCACUGGUGUGAUAAAUGGGCCUACCUGGGAUCAUAUAAACGAUGUGGAUGAUGAUGAAAUGCCAAUGGGGACAGUUAUCAAUACUCAGUGGAUUGAUCAUACCCGCAUAUAUGACGUCAUGUGGAACAACGGAAGCAGUGGCCAAUACGUCAUUGGAGACGUCGGAAACACGCGGCGGAUUGACCUUUCACCUGCUGGCUUUGAUUGCCGGAGGGAUGUCGUUCCUAACAUCAUGCUACCACUUAAGGUGGACAUCUGCUGCGUUCCAGGUCACAUAGACUGGAAUCCAGAGGCCGAGCUGAGUGGACUGCAGUGUUCCAACACAGCCAGUUGCAGGGUGUGCGGAAGCAUGACGGGAAAUUCUUGCGGCUGUGACAAGGCAUGCAGGAUAUUUAGAGACUGUUGCCAUAACUACGCGUCCGCCUGUGGUGAUGACGUAACAGAUGAUGGGGACAUCCGGCCAGUGAUACAGCCGGACUCCUGCAAGGGAAGAUGUAACACGGAGAACAUUGUCAGCAAAGUGACGUGCAGCUGCACAAGUUCCUGCAACUUGACGGAAACUUGCUGUGAUGACUUUGAGGAUGUCUGUCAGGGUGGAAACGCCAACAUCACUACAUCUGAUAGCAACCAGGUAAGGAUGAUUUUGUCUUCGAAUUCGCGAAUCUAUUACAGUAUUGCUAUCAACUAACGAACUACGGGAACGAAAAAAUCAACUAGUUCAACGGUUUUGUUUCCUUUGACA